AUGGGAAGCAAAGAGAGUCAUCUGCAGACCAGUGUGUCUAAACGCUGUGGUAGCGUCUAUGGCCAAAUUAGCGCAAACUCGUAUCGCCAAUUCGCCAACAGCACAUGUCAAACUAUUCCCUCCACUCUUAAUAACCACGACACAUUCAAAUAUCCUAAGACAAACUCUUCUGAUGGUCGAACCAAAUUAGAAUUGAGCAAUCGAAAUUUUGGUGGUGAUGUGUGCAGUCGCGAGCCCAGCCUUUGUACUACCAAGUUGGACUACAAAAGUUGUGGCGAUGAAACUGGCGCCAAAGAAUCCCACGAUCGUAAAACCUUAAAUCACUGCUCUCGAGGAGAAAUAUCUGGGCAUCUUUCCAAUGAAAAAGUUGAAGACAUUUUAUCUAUCAUUAGUAAUGAAUCAGACACCUCUUCAUCAAUCUCUGUAGGGGAUGGAAGCGCAGAGGCGAUUUUGAAUAAGCUCAAAAAUAGACAUAAAACUUCGAAAACGGUUUUUAAAAAGAAAAAUCAAGAAGUUGGCUCCCACUCCUCUGGUGGUCAUUCUUGCAUUUCACAGAUAUCCUCAUCGUCAAGUCCACCAUCGUGUUGCACGCCCGUUCCUUUUGUAAACUUGGUAAAGUUUAAGAAAACAGGUACAGAGAACAAGGUUACACAGCAGGAGCAGACACAUAACCCGGGCGAUCCAGUAGCCCUAACCUGUGAGUUAAGUGGAUCCUUCAAUGCCAACAUAUCCAACAAGCAGUCUUCUGGUGACCUGCCAGAUCAUAUACCCGGGACACAUGGAGAUGAGAUGGAAACAAGGAAUGGGACUUCAUCUUCACAGCGAUUCAACACAUCUCCUCUUGACUCAGAAGAAUUUGCCAAUAGAUGGGUAACACCAAAACCAAGUCCAAAAUUGGGUUUCACUGAGACAGAUGCUGGUGAUAUAAUAUUAACUGCCUACUUAAGAAUGAAGGGAACUGGACCGGAUGAAUACGCCUAUGUGAAAAAGACAAGUGAGCGUCGAUUAAGGGGUCUACAGACUCAACAAAACUGUAAAAUAAAGCUCUACGAUGAACCAACAGAACAGCGAACUUUGAUGGUUCAUAAGUUGAGAAUUUUUGGAUCGAGUUAUCGAGAGGUAGUCCGAUGCAAAAACUCCCUACCUCGUUGCAUCACAGAUCGUCUAAUCACAGCUCAUGCAACUCUGGACGAGAUUCUUAUCAAACCACAGCGGCGAAAGUGA